GGCGGCGGGAGAGCAGCCGGGUAGAGCGGAGCGGCGGAGGCAGCUUGGGCUCCGCGACGGGGACUGGGAGCGAGACCGGCGGCGGGGACGUGCCCCUGGCCGGCAGCGAGGCAUGGGUUGCGUGAGGUCAAAGGAAGCUGGUGUCCAAGAAAAGAUAACAAAAACUGAUCCUGGCCCCACCAUCCAGCAGGGCCACUAUGUGAGGGACCCUACAGCCACCAACAAGAGGAGCAACAAUGUCCCCAGCAUGGCUGUGCCCCUGCCCGAGGAUGGUUUGGGGGACAGUGUGGUGCUGGCGCUCUACGACUACGAGGCGAUGAAUGCUGGGGACCUCAGCUUCCAGAAGGGGGAGAGGAUGAAGGUCCUGGAGAAGUCAGGGGAAUGGUGGCAAGCACGAUCACUGGUGACAGGAUGUGAAGGCUUCAUCCCCAGCAACUAUGUUGCCCAAGCCAACUCGCUGGAGACAGAGGAGUGGUUUUUCAAAGACAUCAGCCGCAAGGAUGCGGAGCGGCAGCUCCUUGGCCCUGGGAACAUGAUUGGGUCCUUCAUGAUAAGGGACAGCGAGACAACAAAAGGCUCUUACUCACUCUCGGUGCGGGAUGGGGACGAGCUGCAGGGCGGGGCAGUGAAGCAUUACAAGAUCCGAACUCUGGACAGCGGUGGCUUCUACAUCUCCCCACGAAACAACUUCAACACGCUGCAGGAGCUGGUCCAGCACUACAAGGGUCAGAGCGACGGGCUGUGCCAGAAGCUCACCCACCCCUGCCGUGUACCCAAACCACAGAAGCCCUGGGAGAAGGAUGCCUGGGAGAUCCCUCGGGAGUCACUGAGCCUGGAGAGGAAGCUGGGAGCCGGGCAGUUUGGAGAAGUGUGGAUGGCUACCUACAACAAGCACACCAAGGUGGCGGUGAAGACGAUGAAGCCAGGCAGCAUGUCCGUGGAAGCCUUCCUGGAGGAGGCAAACCUGAUGAAGACGCUGCAGCAUGACAAGCUGGUGAAGCUGUAUGCGGUGGUCACCAGGGAGGAGCCCAUCUUCAUCAUCACCGAAUUCAUGGAGAAAGGGAGCUUGCUGGAUUUCCUGAAGAGCAAUGAGGGGAACAAGCUGCCGCUCCCAAAGCUGAUUGACUUCUCUGCCCAGAUUGCAGAAGGAAUGGCUUUUAUUGAGAAGAGGAACUACAUCCACAGAGACCUGAGAGCUGCCAACAUCCUGGUGUCUGCAGUGCUGGUGUGCAAGAUUGCAGACUUUGGGCUGGCCAGGGUCAUCGAGGACACUGAGUACACAGCCCGGGAAGGUGCCAAGUUUCCCAUUAAAUGGACUGCACCAGAAGCCAUCAACUAUGGAUCUUUCACUAUAAAAUCUGAUGUCUGGUCCUUUGGGAUCCUCCUGACUGAGAUCAUUACCUAUGGACGCAUCCCCUACCCAGGGAUGUCAAGCUUGGAGGUGAUCAGGGCACUGGAGCGUGGAUACCGGAUGCCCCGCACGAAUAACUGCCCUGAGGAGCUGUACGACAUCAUGAUGAGGUGCUGGAAGAUCAGACCCGAGGAUCGUCCCACUUUUGAGUACAUACAAAGUGUUUUGGAGGAUUUCUUUACUGCGACAGAGAGCCAGUACCAGCAGCAGCCGUAGUGCGAGAUGCUUGGGACAGACACCGCCAGCUCCUCCCUGUCUCACCUGUGCCCUGCUUCCAGCCUGGUCCAGGAACCACAGCUUUCCUGGGGUGGCUGGGCUGGAGGAGGUGCAGGAGGAAGCACAUGAUGGAGGGAGAAGAGACAUGGCCAUACCUUGUGCCUUUCCCAGGGGUGUGAAUGUCCGCGGGGCAGUGGCUCCAGGAAGUGCUGGCUGGACAAUGGCCCCAGGUGGAUAGACAGGGAUGGGGCCAGGCCUGCUUUUGCUGCAAGGAAAAACCCAGAUCAGUAUUUUUUUAACCCUUCUGAGAUCUUAUCAUAUCAUUCUGCAGAAGGAGGUGCUUUAGCAUUGUGGCCUUGGUGAAAUGCAGUGUGCUCCCUGUGUGAUUGAUCCCAGGGGAUUCCCAGGGGGCACGCUGCAGUGCAGCCCAUGGGCUCCUCACCAGCACAGGAUCCUUGGAGUUAGGAUGUCAAGUGUCACAGACAUGUGUCCUCCUCUUUCCCUGCUGGGUUUCCUUCCCCAGUAUUUUCAUGGCACAGAGGGCAGGUUUCGAGAGGCUGUGCCACAUGGGCAGAUGGACACAGACAGCGCUUUUCCAGGCCAUCCCUGCAUGGAUCCCCCUCCACUUGCCUUGGGAGGAACCUCUGGAGCCCAAAGCCACGGCAAAAGGAGCCCUCUCUCCCAUGGCAAAGAUCACAGGCAGGAUUUGUUGACUGCUGGAGCAUUUGUAGUAUCAGCAAGAGCCAGGUGCUCCCUGCACACUCACUUUAUGUUAUUGUUUAUUUUAGUAUUUCAUGAGGUUAUUUGGGGAAAAGAAGUAAACAGUAUUUUUUUAAGACUGUUGUGUACCUCUUACAGCACGGAGAUUGGGGCCUGUGAUAAUAUUUUUGAUACCAAGAGGCAAACGCCGUCGCUUCUGCUUUGGGAUCUUUAUUUUUUGUAAUCAAUAAAAGUAUUUAUCAACCUUCCUCUCCUGGCCGUUUCUGCUGCUCCACAGCCCGGGCAGGGGAGACGAAGAUGGGGCAAAGUUGGGUCCCGCAGCGCCCCUCUGAGGGAGACUCCAGAGCCGGGCAGACCCGCAGCGCCCUCUGAGCAGGCCUCGGGCCGCGGACGGCCAGGGUGGGACCGCAGGGACCGAGAAGAACCGGGAGGAACCGGGGGGAACCGGGAGGAACCGGGGGGAACCGGGAGGAACCGG